ACAGCGUUCACUCAUAUCUCCGCUUAUUUUAUCAGAGAGACUCAUCUCUACGGUUUUCCUUGGGUCUUCUUCAUAUCAAAUGCACCGCCCGUCUCAGAUCUGACUCCGAUUCGAUCUCGCCGUCCAGCUAGGGUUUCAGAUUUGUGAAGCCGCGGGGAAAGGAAAGGGAGGAGAAGAUGCUGACGAAGUUCGAGACGAAGAGUAAUCGAGUCAAGGGGCUGAGUUUCCACAGCAAGCGGCCAUGGAUCCUCGCCAGUCUCCACAGCGGCGUGAUCCAGCUCUGGGACUACCGGAUGGGCACCCUCAUUGAUCGCUUCGACGAGCACGAUGGCCCCGUCAGGGGCGUCCACUUCCACAAGUCGCAGCCGCUCUUCGUGUCUGGAGGUGAUGAUUAUAAAAUUAAGGUAUGGAAUUACAAGCAGCAUAGGUGUCUGUUUACCCUCCUUGGUCAUCUUGAUUACAUUCGGACUGUUCAAUUUCAUCACGAAUACCCCUGGAUUGUUAGUUCAAGUGAUGACCAGACAAUCAGGAUAUGGAAUUGGCAGUCUCGUACAUGUAUUUCUGUCUUGACUGGUCACAACCAUUAUGUGAUGUGUGCCUCAUUUCAUCCCAAAGAAGAUUUGGUUGUCUCUGCAUCUUUGGACCAGACAAUUCGGGUUUGGGAUAUUGGUGCCCUGAGAAAGAAAACAGUUUCCCCUGCUGAUGACAUCCUGCGGUUAAGUCAGAUGAAUGCAGAUUUCUUUGGUGGGGUUGAUGCUGUGGUGAAGUAUGUCUUAGAAGGCCAUGAUAGAGGUGUUAAUUGGGCCUCUUUCCAUCCAACACUACCCCUAAUUGUUUCUGGUGCUGAUGAUCGCCAAGUGAAAAUUUGGCGAAUGAAUGAUACGAAAGCUUGGGAGGUGGACACAUUGAGGGGGCACAUGAACAAUGUUUCAUGUGUUUUAUUUCAUGCAAGACAAGAUAUUAUUGUCUCAAAUUCUGAGGAUAAGAGCAUUCGUGUAUGGGAUGCUACAAAAAGGACUGGUCUUCAGACUUUUCGUAGGGAGCAUGACAGGUAUUGGAUCCUUGCAUCUCACCCAGAGAUGAAUCUUUUAGCAGCGGGCCAUGACAGUGGGAUGAUAGUCUUCAAGUUGGAGAGAGAACGCCCUGCUUUUUCCGUUAGUGGUGAUUCUCUCUUUUAUGUCAAAGACCGGUUCCUCCGAGUCUAUGAGUAUUCAACUCAGAAAGAUACACAGUUGAUACCUAUUCGUAGGCCUGGUUCAAACAGCUUGAAUCAAAGUCCACGAACCCUUUCCUACAGUCCUAGUGAAAAUGCUGUCUUAAUAUGUUCAGAUGUGGAUGGGGGUUCUUAUGAACUGUAUAUUGUGCCCAAAGAUAGCUAUGGGAGGGGUGACACAGUGCAAGAUGCUAAAAGAGGAGUUGGAGGAUCAGCAAUUUUUGUUGCUCGAAAUAGGUUUGCAGUUCUUGAGAAAAGCACCAAUCAGGUUCUUGUAAAAAAUUUGAAAAAUGAAAUUGUUAAGAAAAGUAUUCUUCCUAUGGCCACUGAUGCAAUAUUUUAUGCUGGUACUGGAAACUUACUGUGUAGAGCAGAGGACAGGGUGAUGAUUUUUGAUCUUCAACAGAGAAUUGUUCUUGGAGAUCUUCAAACUCCUUUUAUUAGGUACAUUGUGUGGUCACAAGACAUGGAGAGUGUUGCUUUGCUCAGCAAGCAUUCUAUUGUCAUAGCUGAUAAGAAGCUGGUGCAGCGCUGCACCCUUCAUGAGACUAUUCGUGUCAAGAGUGGAACCUGGGAUGACAAUGGGGUUUUCAUAUAUGCAACGCUGACCCACAUUAAGUAUUGCCUUCCCAAUGGGGAUAAUGGAAUUAUUAAGACCUUAGAUGUACCAGUGUAUAUAACAAAAAUUUAUGGGAACACAAUCUUUUGUUUGGACAGAGAUGGAAAGAACCGCCCAAUUAUCAUUGAUUCGACUGAGUACAUUUUUAAGCUCUCUUUGUUGAGGAAGAGAUAUGACCAAGUUAUGAGCAUGAUAAGGAACUCAGAACUCUGUGGGCAAGCCAUGAUUGCAUAUUUGCAGCAGAAGGGAUUUCCAGAAGUUGCCCUCCAUUUUGUGAAAGAUGAGCGAACCCGCUUCAACUUAGCACUUGAAAGUGGGAAUAUUGAGAUUGCACUUGAAUCUGCUAAAAAAAUAGAUGAGAAAGAUCACUGGUAUAGGCUGGGGGUGGAGGCCCUUCGGCAGGGUAAUGCUGGCAUUGUUGAAUAUGCAUACCAGAAAACAAAGAACUUUGAGAGGCUGUCAUUCCUCUAUCUGAUAACUGGGAAUCUGGAGAAGUUAUCUAAGAUGAUGAAAAUUGCUGAGGUGAAAAAUGAAGUGAUGGGUCAGUUCCACAAUGCUUUGUACCUUGGAGACAUUCGUGAGCGCAUCAAGAUUUUGGAGAAUGCUGGUCAUCUACCCCUUGCUUACAUCACUGCAUCAGUCCAUGGGCUCAGUGAUAUUGCUGAGCGUCUUGCAUCUGAACUUGGUGAUAAUGUCCCAUCUUUGCCAAAGCAGAAGACAGCUUCUCUUUUGCUGCCUGCUAGUCCUAUUUCGGGUGGCGGAGAUUGGCCUCUGUUAAUGGUGUCUAAAGGCAUAUUUGAAGGUGCACUGAACAUUAGAGAUAGGGAUGCGAGGGAGGACGAUGAAGAAGCUGUGGAUGGUGAUUGGGGUGAGACAUUGGAUGUUGGUGAAGAGGACAAUCUGCAGAAUGGUGAUGUCAGUAUGGUGCUUGAAGAUGAGGAAGCUCAAGAGGAAGGAGAUGAAGGAGGAUGGGACCUUGAGGAUCUGGAGCUGCCACCUGAAAGUGACACACCAAAGAAUGUUCCUAAUGCACGUUCGGUAUUUGUCACCCCAACCCCUGGCAUGCCUGUGAGCCAGAUUUGGGUGCAAAAAUCAUCUCUUGCUGCUGAGCAUGUGGCUGCUGGCAAUUUCGACACUGCAAUGCGGUUGCUGAACCGACAACUAGGGAUUAGGAACUUUACUCCUCUAAGGCAAUUGUUUAUUGAUCUUCAUGUUGGCAGCCAUACAUACUUGCUUGCCCUCUCAACAACACCAGUGAUUUCAGUCGCUCUCGAGAGAGGUUGGAGUGAAUCUGCAAGCCCUAAUGUGCGGCGUCCACCUUCUCUAGUCUUCAGUUUUUCACAGUUGGAAGAGAAACUUAAAGCCGGUUACAAAUUGACAACGCAAGGGAAAUUCGCUGAGGCUCUUCGAACUUUCCAGGGCAUCCUCCAUACCAUUCCCCUGAUUGUUGUUGAAUCACGACGAGAGGUAGAUGAAGUCAAGGAACUGGUGAUCAUUGUGAAGGAGUAUGUUUUGGGUUUGCAAAUGGAAAUCAAGAGAAAGGAAAUGAAGGACAACCCUACUCGUCAGCAGGAAUUGGCAGCCUACUUCACCCACUGUAACCUUCAGACUCCCCACUUGAGACUCGCAUUGCAAAAUGCCAUGACUGUGUGCUACAAGGCUGGUAACAUGAUCACAGCUGCCAACUUUGCUAGGCGACUCUUGGAGACCAACCCAACCGUCGAAAGCCAGGCCAAGUUAGCACGGCAAGUUCUCCAGGCUGCAGAGAAAAAUAUGCGCGAUACUGCACAGCUGGAUUAUGACUUCAGAAAUCCUUUCGUCACUUGUGGCGCAACCCAUGUCCCUAUCUACCGUGGUCAAAAAGACGUCACUUGCCCUUACUGCUGUACUCAUUUUGUUCUAUCCCAAGAGGGGCAGCUUUGUACCGUUUGUGACCUAGCAGUGGUUGGAGCAGAUGCAUCAGGUUUACUUUGUUCUCCAGCCCAGACCAGAUAAGUGCAGCUUUUACUCAAUUGUAUUGCUUAUACAAAUCAUUCAGCUGUUUCCUACUCUACAAUUAGAAUCUAGGAGAACAUGAAAGGAUGAGUUUUUUCUUUUUUCUUUUCCCCCCGGAUUGUAUUGCUGGUUUAUAUUAUCUCUGUUGUGAUUUUAUUUUAUUUUUUUCAGUCAGUUUUACAAACCUUUAAUUCCUCUUAGCUUUUAUUUACUACAAUUUUCUCUGUAAUAAAUCAUGUAAUUUUUGUCUUUUCAA